AUGAUGAAGUGGCUCGUGGUCCUGUCAGCCCUCGUGGCUUUCUCCGAAUGCAUCCACAAGAUUCCCCUGAUCAAGGGAAAGACUGCCAGGCAAGAUCUGCAGGAGAAAGGACUAUGGGAGAAGUACAGGAAGAUGUAUCCAUACAACCCUAUGGCCAAGUUCUACCAGAGCGGUAUUGAGUCCAUGACCAACGAUGCUGACUUGUCCUACUAUGGUGUGAUCUCCAUCGGCACCCCUCCUCAGUCCUUCAGCGUCAUCUUUGACACCGGCUCUUCCAACCUGUGGGUCCCUUCAGUCUACUGCUCCAGCCAGGCCUGCCAGAACCACAAUAAAUUCAACCCACAGCAGUCCAGCACCUUCAAAUGGGGCAGCGAGUCUCUGUCCAUCCAGUACGGCACCGGCAGCAUGACUGGACAUCUGGCCAUUGACACUGUUGAGGUGGGUGGCAUCUCUGUGGCCAACCAGGUGUUUGGAGUUAGCCAAACAGAGGCUCCCUUCAUGGCUAACAUGGUGGCUGAUGGCAUCCUGGGAUUGGCCUUCCAGGCCAUUGCCUCUGACAACGUCGUGCCCGUCUUCGACAACAUGGUCAAUGAAGGACUGGUGUCUCAGGCCAUGUUCUCCGUCUACCUGAGCAGCCAGAGUGAACAGGGCAGUGAGGUGGUCUUUGGUGGUGUUGACAGCAGCCACUACACUGGACAAAUCACCUGGAUCCCUCUGUCCUCUGCCACCUACUGGCAGAUUGCAAUGGACAGCGUUACCAUCAAUGGACAGACUGUGGCCUGUUCUGGUGGCUGCCAGGCCAUCAUCGACACCGGUACCUCCCUGAUCGUUGGCCCAACCAGUGACAUCAACAACAUGAACUCCUGGGUUGGAGCCUCAACCGACCAGUACGGAGACGCCACAGUGAGCUGUCAGAACAUCGGGAGCAUGCCCGAAGUCACCUUCACCCUCAACGGAAACGCCUUCACCAUCCCCGCAUCUGCCUACGUCUCUCAGAGCUCCUACGGUUGCAGUACUGGCUUUGGCCAGGGUGGCUCUGACCAGCUCUGGAUCCUGGGAGAUGUCUUCAUCAGGGAGUACUAUGCUAUCUUUGAUUCCCAGGCUAAGCAAAUUGGUUUGGCCACGUCUGCGUAGUCAAAUGAGACACCCGGUAGAUAAUCUAUAAAUGUUUUCACUGGAGGGGCUUGUUUGAGUUGAAGCUAAAAUGGUGGAAAUACAUA